UCACUUCAAUUUAAAAUGCGAGCUUGAAGCUCCUGGAAUCGUUAAGCAGUGGUUGUCUGAAGUGAAAAUGGCUGCUUCGGUGGCAGGGAACGCGACCACGAACACGAACGCGGGUGUGGAGUGGCACGUGCGUCCUCCAAACCCUAAGAACCCAAUCGUCUUCUUCGAUGUCACCAUCGGCAACAUACCUGCUGGUCGAAUCAAGAUGGAACUCUUCGCCGACAUUGCGCCCAAAACCGCCGAGAAUUUCAGGCAGUUCUGCACUGGGGAGUACAGAAAAGCUGGACUUCCUGUUGGUUACAAGGGUUGUCAAUUUCAUAGAGUGAUUAAGGAUUUUAUGAUUCAAGCUGGCGAUUUUGUAAAGGGUGAUGGUAGUGGAUGUGUUUCAAUUUAUGGACUUAAGCUUGAUGAUGAAAACUUUAUUGCCAAACACACUGGCCCUGGCCUUCUGUCGAUGGCAAAUAGUGGACCAAAUACCAAUGGUUGUCAGUUUUUUAUAACAUGUGCAAAAUGCGACUGGCUUGACAACAAGCAUGUCGUUUUCGGGAGAGUGCUUGGAGAUGGCCUUUUGGUUGUGAGGAAGAUUGAGAAUGUGGCAACUGGACCCAAUAACCGGCCAAAAUUAGCUUGUGUCAUUGCAGAAUGUGGUGAAAUGUAAAUUUUAAUGCAACUUCGCCAACAAACAAUUGUCCCCCAAACAAUUGAUUGAAUCCUCUACACCAACUGCACUCACUAUACAGGUGUGGAAUUGCACUACAUGUAUUUCUUUGUGCCCCCUUGAAACUAAAAAUUCUUGUCAUGGGACUUUUUAAUGUAAAACUGGAUAAUUACAUCAGCAUACAGUUGAGUAGCACAGCUAAUUGAAUGGUUUUGCUCGAGGAUGACAGAAUGAUCUUACUGUGAUGCAUCUUUUAGGCCCAUAAUCAUCAUACAUGUACACGCAGUUGGUGUAUGCAAGUUAUAGUUUUUUUUUUUUUUUUCUUAUAGACAAAUGUUAUUUGUUUUUUUGGUUAAUGGAAGAAUUGAACUCA